AUGGACUUUCUCAAUUUGAAUCAAUAUUCGGAACUUCUUCCGCCAUUUGAUAUAAUAUCAAAAUCUUUUGGCUAUCUAUUAAAAGACAUCAAUGCCGAAAUCGAAACUGCCUUCAUUAUGAAAUAUGUUCCAAUCAACCAACGUUGGACUGAGCUUGACACUUUAGGUGUCUGGAACAACCAGAUCAAAUGGAGGCGAUAUCAGCAUAAAUGUCUUAUUGACCCAUGGCAUUAUACUUUACGCAAUUUUAGCGAAUUUGUAGAAUUUGGUUAUAAAGAAUAUGCUAUAUAUGCUUUAGAUGCUAAUUCAGAGCUGAUUGAAGCAUAUUACUUGCUAGAACCAAUUCUAAGCAGCAAGUAUGUGGUAUAUGUUGCACUUGUAUCCCGUUUCAUCGACAAAACAGACUGGAAGAAAUUUUUGGAGUUUUUCAAUAUCAAGGAUUCCGAGGAUAUUUACAAGCACAUGACCACUAUCCAUAUUUGUAUGAACCAGUUUGAACGGGAAACAAUGAAUCGACCUCUUUUGGUAGAGUGGCACAAAUUGCAGUCAACCGCAGAAUUUGUUUGGAAAAUAUUAUAUAUUAAAUAUAUGGAUCACAAAUUUGGUUAUGAUGCUGAAAUAUAA